AUGAUCAAACGAGACGACAAGGAUAUUCUCAACGCCGUUCCCUCCGCCCCGACUAUUUUGGUGAAUGGCUCAGAGUACCACACGACCCAGCAGCAAGAAGAUGACGUCAAAGACAAUUCAGUGGUCGUCAAUGUCGGGGAUUCUUCAGAUGGUAACCCUACAACUUUCAGCAACAUGCAACUCAACAAAAACACCAAGUCUCUCUCCUCCGAUCUCAAAACACACGUCGAGACAGCCUCCGUUCGUUCGAAAAACACGCUUCUGUCCGCACCACAGAGCGGAUCUGGCACGACAGCAGGAAACACGAAUUCUGAUGCCAAUAAAUUCUCGACCUCCACGACCAGCAAUCGGCUCUCCGCGAUUACGAACCGAUCGAGCAUGGUUUCCGUGACUAGCACCACUUUAGGUAGGUUGGAGAACUUGGUGACCACGUUUUUGGGUUCGAUGAAUUUUGGAACACAACGGCGGGACAGUGGAAACCGGAAGUCGUCGCGAUUUGGUAAAAAUGGUGCAGCUCUCGACUGCGUUUUGGAGGAUGAUAGCUACGGGGAACCACGACAAAUAAUACCUGGACUGGAAAGGAGAAACGAAUUGGAAGACGCCGGCUUAGCAGCUGCUCCAUUGAAGGAAAAUCUAGACAGGCAAGACGAAGACUUCCUUGCAGGCACAACAAAUCCGUCAAGCGGAAAUAAACAAACCAAUGCCAAACCGAACAUUCACGCUCGCCAAUCCGCCGCGUUACACCGCAGCUACAAAGCCACGCGACAAAGUUCCUGGCUGGCGCUAUUGCCGCAGACGAGAUCCUGGGUCAAGAUGAAGUUCGACAACAGUUGGCAAAGGUCCACAACUUUGUCGCAGGACUUUGACCUACCGGAAGGGCUGCAAAAUAACGGAGUAGGCGAUAGGAGCAAUAAGUCCUCGCCCCGAGACGACGGAUCGGGGUCAAGGUCCGGGCGUAGCUUCGGCUUUUUCUCAAGAGCGACGAGGAAAGACCGGGAUUCGUUC